CUACAAUAGCCGGUAAAAUGGUAUUUUGUAUUAAAAAAAAACAACAAUGAUCUUUUUUGUACACUUUUGAAACUUCGUUACCUUUUUAAGUGAUUAUCCCAAUAAAAAAAUACACCUUAUCAUCUUGGUUCUACUUGAGAGCUACAUACUGACAUUCAGAUCAACUCAUCCCUAAAAGACAGCCAUCAUUUUCAUGAAUAAAUUACCUCAAAAUUCGCAUAACCGUCAUCGCUGAAGGUUGUUGCUCAUGCUGAUCGAUUCGGUUUCUAUUCUCUCUGCUUACUUUAAUUGAGUUCUAUACACAAUCAAGGAAGAGACUUCACAGAUUCGUUUUUUCAAUCGAGGAAAAUACUUAACAGUUAACAGGAGGUCAAUUAAAUUUUUGAAUUUUAAUUGGUGUGAGAAGAAUUUAGAUGAUGAAUAUUACUGUUCCUGAAUUUGAAGCGGACGAGGAUUACUUAAUUCAAGAGUCGCCCAAGAAAUCGAUAAUGGGUGGAGAUGAAGAUGUCAUGGAGCUACUAUGGCAAAAUGGUCAAGUGGUGAUGCAGAGCCGAAAUCAGAGAUCAGUCGGGAAUAAGAAGCCAGAAAUAAGGCCGCCGGUGGGCAGUAGAGACAUCCGAUCCUCCGUCGUUGAAGAAGGGACGGGGCCUUCUGACUUGUUCAUGCAAGAAGACGAGAUGGCCUCUUGGCUUCAUUACCCCGUCGACGACAAUACGUUAGAAGGCUAUCUAUACAGUAACGAUCUCCUCUAUCCUACGCCGCCAUCCUCUACUCCCGUGACCACCACCCCUUGCUCCCUCCCACCGCCUCCACCUCCACCUCCGUCCAUAAUGAUUCCUUCUUCCCGCCCACCGGUUGCCCCAAUCAGGCGCGUGGAAUUGGAAUCAGGACAACCCAAGUAUCCAAAUUUCUUGCAUUUCUCGAGGCCUAAUAAACUCAGAACUCCAGAAUCAGGCCCUUCUAGUUCGAACGAGACCCCGGCGGUAGCAGCACCGGAAUCAAGGGCUUGGCGUGUGUCGGAUAAACUGACGCCGGUUUCUUCAGCGAACAUAGGACAUAGCGCAGCAGGUACAUCAUCGGCGGGGAGGGAAAUAGAGACAUGUGAACGAAGCGUGACAUCAUCUCCGGGUUCGGGUGGCUCAGGAGCAAGCGGCAGUGUAGAGCCAUCUUCUCAAAAGCCACCGCCACCAACAACCGAUGAUCAUCGGAAGCGCAAGGGCAGAGAUACGUACGACACCGAAUGUCACGAUGAGGACAUUGAGUUCGGGUGUCUAGAUGCAAAGAAGCAAUCACACGGAUCGACCUCCAUGAAAAGGUCCCGUGCUGCAGAGGUCCACAAUCUCUCAGAGAGGAGACGUCGAGAUAGGAUUAAUGAAAAAAUGAAGGCCUUGCAAGAACUAAUACCUCGUUCCAGUAAGUCCGACAAAGCUUCGAUGCUGGAUGAAGCAAUUGAAUACUUGAAGUCUCUUCAAAUGCAAGUUCAGAUGAUGUCGAUGGGAUGCAACAUGGUUCCUAUGAUGUUCCCAAGUGUCCAACAAUACAUGCCGCCCAUGGCAAUGGGGAUGGGGAUGGGGAUGGGGAUGAGCAUGAGCAUGGACAUGGGGAUGAACCGUGUCAUGGUUCCAUAUCCCGCCAUUCUUCCUGGUUCAUCAGUACUCCCCAGCCCGGGUACUCAUAUGGGCCCACGUUUCCCGGUUACCGGAUUUAACAUCCAUCCCGUUAAUGCCACGUGUCCUGCAACGAGUCAAGCCUCUAACCUCUCAGCUCCAAUGAUGAGUUCAUUUCCUCUACAUAAUCAAAACCAACCACAAGUUCCAAAUUUCGCCGAUCCAAUUCAACAGUACAUUGGUCUACGACAUCAAACACCAUCACCGCUUCCUCAGAAUCAAGAAGGGAUGGCCUCCACUGCAACGAAGCCAAGCAGCAGCAAAGAUCCUAUCGACCCAGAUCAUCUCCAAAACGGUUGAUUAUGGAGCGGUUAUUCACGAAACAGGCUUCUUAGCCAACUAAAUUUUGUAGCGUAAGAGCUAGGAUCCGUGUAACGUGUAAUUAUACCCGAUAAAAAAAUAGCUUUCUUUUUAUUUUAUUUUUUUUACCAUUACCAACACAUAUGUACCACUGAUUCCCCACGUCUCGAGUUGAUUCUUGACUUGAAUCAUUGUAUACAACAAUAGAAAAUGUGCUGGAAUGACACGUUUUUACUUUUUACUGCACUAAUACUGUUCUUUGUCGUGAUUUUUGACGAGUUUGCUUUAUCA